UCACGUUUUUUGGGGCACUCAUUGGCGCUUGUCUUCUUCUCAUGAAGAAAAUAGAGAUGCUAGUAGUACAAGACAGCCAGAAUUAUUCAUCUCCACUUCUAUAUGACCACAAGAAACUCGGCUAGGAGUAGUCUUUAUCCUUUGCUUCCACUUGAUCACUCCACUCAUCCCAUUUUCUUCUUCCAUUAAGAAUCUCCCCUUGCAAAAGCAUUUCUUCGUUGGUGAGAGAUUUGUGUUGAACUUUUUUUCUUGAAUUCUUGUUGUGGGGUAGGGCCGCAAGGGCGCAAGCGCCGCGAGGCAAGGCAUAACAGCUAAAAGUUGCAAUCUUUAUCGGUUUUGGAUUCCUCCUCCUUCGAGGCUCCAACCCAUCCUGGUCCCCCGAAAAAAGGAGAGAUCUUUUUGGUGCAUGAUCCGAUCCGUUGUUGUUUGCUGUUGUUGCCUUGCUGCGGAAAGAUUUGCUCCUUUUCUUGGUCUGUUUCUUGGCCGGGUUCGGCCCUUGGUGGUGCAGUUCCUGGAGUCACAUGGUUGGUGUGGGCAGUUCUUGAUCCAGGCUCAGAUUGAAACUGGCGUUUGGUUUCUUCCAAGGUGGAGAUUGCUGGCUCCGGGGAGCAGUUCUUGGUCGCAUUCCGGGUUGUGGGUGGUGGUGGUGGUGGUGGUCCGUUCUUGAUCCGCUCUCUUGGGUGAUUUGAUUGAUGUGGUGGGUUUUCUUGGAGCUCGGUUCCCCAAUUCGCCAUUUUGAUGAGGAGCUCCCACUGUGAGAGCUACUGCGCUCCUCCCUUGUGCAACAUCCCCUGCCUCCCCAAAUCCAAAGACGAUUCGACCGCGGACGAUGUCGCCGCCGCCGCUUCUCCAACUCCGGCCACCGGCGUCGCAGCAGCUUUGGCUGAGGACAAGCCUCCUCCGGUGCAGAAGAUUGAGGCUGCGACGGCAGACAAGGACGACAACGACAACGACGAUGAUGAGGCUAGCAAGGAAGUGGUGGUGACAGUGGUUCCCAAGAGUAGCCUGAAGAAGACUAGUUGUGAGGACAGUAAGAAUGUGGUGAAAGGCAAUGUGAAAUGGAUGGAUUUGCUGGGGAAGGAUCUCGCUGAAGUCAAAGAAUUUGAGCCAAGCGAAUCUGGAGACUCGGAUGAUGAAGACGGCAACACCUGCAUCUGUGUCAUCCAAUGAGCACUCCCUGGAGAUCAUCCCUGUAAAUUCUCUGAAAAGGAAAACCGAAAAACAAGUGUCUGGGUCAGCCAUUAGUUUGUUUAAUUGUCAGUAGAGAGAUCAACAGAGAUCACCCCCAUUGUGUUGUGGUUUAUCUGGAUGGAGUUGGCCUGUGUUGUUGUAUCAGCAGCAGCAUCAGCAGUACAUGUUGCACAUGCAUAGCUUUAGAGUUUUAGAAGAUUCCUGC